GCUUUGCUCAAAGAGGCUCUCAACACAGUUGCAGCCCUCAAAGAAGAGCACUUUAAGGAAAUGCCAAAAUGGCGCUACAGUCCCUGCCCUGCCCCCACGCUAAACAUGCUUAUAAAUCCAGUAAUUUUAAAGCUAGUGCAAGAAGAAGACAGCACUGGCAUGGUUGAUAUGGGGCCAUUUUAUACCCUUUAA